GACAGGUCCUCGUGCCGCCCCCGCCCCGCCCGCCGCAGAUAUAAGGUGCCCAGCUGCUGCGGCGCCGAGCCCGACGCCCGACCCCAUCCCCAUGGCCCAGCCCUCGGCACUGGCCGCCGCCCUGGCGCUGAGCCUGCUGCUGCUGCCGUCCCCCGGCCGCGCCUGGUACAAGCCAGCGGCGGGGCCCCGCGCCCACUCGGUGGGCCGCGCCGCGGGGCUGCUGUCCGGCUUGCGCGGGUCCCCGUACGCGCGGCGCUCUGAACCCCCCGUGGGCGCGGGGCCCCCGGGCCGGGCCGGCACUGCCCCGCAGCUGCGCCCCAGCCUACGGAGCCCGGCCGUGUGCGUCAAGGACGUGGCCCCGAACCUGCAGAGCUGCCAACGACUCCCCGACGGCCGCGCCACCUUCCAGUGCAAGGCGGACGUCUUCCUGUCGCUCCGCGCCGCCGACUGCCGCCGCGCUUGACGCCCGCGGUGUCCCCGCCUCCCGCAGUCCGGCUCGCACCCCUCGACCCCCGAGGAGAUGGCGCCGGGCACCGCCCACCGGGUCUCCACAGUAAACGGCUAAAUGAG